AUGAGCAAUCCAUGCGAAUGCUGCCACAGAAAGCUGAGGUUCAUAAGACAGUUGUGCUGUGCUGGGAUGAAAACUGCCUCUGAUGUGAAAACACCAAACAGUCACUAUGUUGGUAAUUCGAGCAGUUCACGUCAUGGCACUACUCAGUUGUCAUCGGGUGAAGGAUCAGAUUCAGAUGGAUGCCCAAAGGAAAUCUCAUGCCAUUAUUGUGAAUCAGCAAAGAAGGCUGCAUUAUCUUAUACUUCUGAUGAAUUUUCGGGGCGUUGCUAUCUUACGGAAGAACAGGAGGUGAAAAUACCACUUGUAAGCAGAAUGCGACCUGAAAUCCCAGUGCUUGUUGUAGUGAUGAAGAAGACCAAUGUAAAACCAUAUGGUAAUCUGGUUAUACGCAAGGAUUAUGCGCUUCAGUACUUGCCAUGUGAAGAUACAAAUAUCAUACUCCAAGUGCCUAUGAAAAAAACUACCUGGAAAUGCAAAUUGCAAGUCAGGUCAUCUGGCGUGUCUGAUGCAGGUCGGCGCAACCUUUAUUUGGGUAAAUUUGUCAGGGACAAUCAUGUCAGAGAGGGUGAUAUCUGGCUCUUUCAACCAAUGGAAAAUGUUAAGAACGGAAGAUUCAUGAUGAGAGUCCAUCUCCUUCACAAAGCGAGCAUUGAUCAUUUCCCUGAUAGAAGAACUGGCAUUGGCUCAAAUUAUGGAAGGACAAGCGCAAAUGUCACUGGUGUUAACGAGCAACCACCGACUGAUGGUGAAGAGAUCUCCUCUUCAGACCAUGAAGAGCAUGGAACCUCUGAGAGUUCUGAAGUAGCUUCUGAUCCUCCUUUCAUUCUGCCAGGCAGAAUUCGUCUAACACCAGCGCAGGAGAAGAAAGUGUUGGAAAAAGUUGAAGAAAUUGAGAGAGAACUACCCAUUUACGUUGCGAUCAUGAACAAGAUAAAUGUCUGUCGCCGCAAUACCUCUCCCAUCUUAAACUUUGGUGUACGGUACGCUACCACAUAUCUUGAAAAGAAGCACGCUACUGGGCAUCAUGGAAAGGAGGGUGUCAUCAGUUUGGUGCUUCAGCGUGACCGGAAGAGGGGGACGUGGGCCACUGAGAUGCGAUGGUCUACCCACCGCACGGGCCCUCAGCUGAGGGUUGUCAAAGGAUGGCCCUCGUUCUCCCGUGCCAACCACCUGCGGGAGGGGGACCUCUGCCUCUUCAAGCUGAUGAACAAUGAGGAGCUGCUCAAGAUGGUGGUCUACAUCAUUCGCCGUGAGAAAUGUUAG